AUGUCUCAUCUCUUUGGAUGAUUGCAUUUCUACUGGCUGUACUCCUUUGUCAAAUAAAUGAAAUACAGGGACAGAAGUAUGGUGUAAAUAACGUGAAGUCAGUCAGCAAACAGUACAACUCUACCACUGGAUUUGUUGAUAUUUCUGUGGAGAUGGUAGCUCCGGAGGCGGGUCUCUCUUUAACUGUGUACUGGCAAAUCAACUCGGGUGUCAUUGGGGUUGAUGAGCCAACAUUUGGGUCCUCUGUGAAGAAAAAUGGAAAACUGACGGUUUAUUCUCUGACUGUGGAUUCAUCUUAUGUAAGAGCGGUGUACUUUACCACCAAAAUUGCUGACCAGACCAGCAGUCUGCGAUUUGAGUCUUUUUCAUGGGGCAAGGAUUAUCCCAGUAAAUCAACUUUCCCUGUACAGUUGCGAAAAUGUAUCUCCAAAUUCUCAGAGGUCUCGUCACCAACUUCAGAUGUCCACGAAAUUAAUGUCGACUUUAACUGCGACCCACCAUUCUCAACAAAUUAUUAUAACUGGCCAAGGGUAUACUGGGGAAUAAAGUUUGGCGUUUAUUUGUUCAACAACACAGAUGAUAAAAUUUUUUAUCAGCCUAUAGAAAAUCACAGUGAAAGAAAAGGUGUGCUACUGUCAAGGAAUCCUCGAAGCACAGGCAAGUUUUCCUCUCGAAGAGCAUCGUUCGAGAUCCCGUCUCGGGGAAGAUCUUUUGACAGAGACAUUGAACCAUCGAAAGAUUUGUCAAAUGAUAAUUCUGUAAAUAGCGAAACUUUAUUAACUAAACACGAGUUAGCAAAUAUAACAAUUGGGCCAACACCCUGGGCAAAGAUUAGCUUUCCAAAAUCAUUUCUGAAUGAGAGAGUGGUAUUCCUGAAAGUCACUUUAGAUGCCCCUCUCAUCCUUGGACUGGGCAUGGUAUUUUCCUCUGUUGAGAAAGUAUCCAUUAGUAAAAAUCUCCCCCCUGAGGUAUACUUGUCAGAAAGUGGAGGGAAAACCUUUCCACAACCUUCAACUGUCACUUGCCAAACAUUUGGGGAAAAUCCUCCAAGAGUAUACAUGAAAAAAGAUGGUAGUCAAAUAAGCAAAUCUGAAAAUAUCUCAAUACAGGAAGUCAGGAGUCCCCUGUUUUCUUCCUCGUAUGUCACAUUUCAUAAGAAAGAUGUACAAAACAGAGAAAUAGAUGGCGAGUACAUCUGUUUCUCUGAAAAUCCAGGAGGUGACAAGAAUGUAAGCACCUUCAAAGUGUACACAGGGCCCACCUUCUUGGAAGAUCUUACAAAGAUGACAGAAAGCAGUUCAAGAGAGCUUAAUCUUCGACUCGUGGUUGAAGGAAAUGGACAGAUGAGGGUAUCCUGUCAUGUUCCAGUGCCAGACCACAUGGUUUUGAUCAACAAAUCAGAGAAAAUAGAGCCAUCGUCUACCAUGUUAAAGAGAAAAGAGGUCACCUUGACCUACAAAUUCCCAGUAGAGGCAGUGCGUCCAUUUGAUUAUUUCUGUAGUGUUUACGAUGAAUAUGGAAAUCACAACACUCGAUACACUCAUUAUUGAUCUUCACAGUAAAAAUUAUGAUAAGAACUUGAAAAGAAACAACAAAUAAAUGAUUUUUUUUAUAGUGCACAAUUUUUCUAGAAUCUCAUUUUUGGUACAAUGUUUAUGAACAUG